CCUCGCUCAUCUGUGACAAAUGCUCCACAUAAGUCACAGUGCGUUGAUUGGACUUCCCGUGCCGACCCACCGCUGUGUGUAGGCUACACCUAGAGCAACUCCAAGCGUUGAUGUGAGAUGAAAGAGAGAUUCUGAGAAGUCACGCUGGGAAUGGCCAGGGGGAAACGAGGGGAUUUUCUUUGUUUGCACGCACACCUCGGCAUGGUAGUGGGAGAUGGAGAGAGAAAGUCGAAGACAGUAAGAGGAGAGAGAAAUGGAGAAACACUUAAAGCCAAGCCGGAGGUAAAAAUGCUAUUUGAGAAGCCGUGUCUCUCCGUCCUCACUCUGGAUUUCUCCCCAUCUUGCUGUGUGCCUGACUGAAGGCUUCUCUGUGAUAUUUACCACAAUGCAGACUCGCCACGCACAGCGCCAGUUACGUCGUAGUUCAGCGCAUGUCAAGGGCAUCACAAAUGGUUAGGGUAGACGAUUUGUUCACCCGUUUGCUCAGAGAAUAGCGAAUUCAAUCAGAAGGACUCCUGAGGCGGUACAAUGGUUUGACAUUUUAGAACGGGAUAGCCUUUUUUUCAACGUGGGCGCAUGCAGGCGGAUGAUUUAGAGAUGCCAACCAGCAAGCCAGGGGCUCUUGAGGAUGAAGACUUAAAACAUGAGUGGUCUGGACCUUCUUUUAUGAAAUAUUUUGUAACCGACAAAUAAUUUACAUUUUCUUCACCAGGGAGGAGGUGUGACACCGUCACGUGUCCGAUCAGCUUUUGGUGGCCCAUGGAUGGGUGACUUUGUGCGAAGAUAAAUAAAGCCAAGAGUCCAUGUAACUUUACAUAUGCCACACGUGAUCACCACACAAUAUUAAGUAACUCAUAUCGCCUCUAAGUAGCAGGCUAGACGUGCGCUCUUGUGGAGCUCGGAGAGGCACCGAGGUGCGCUCCAUGUUUCAUUUAGGACACACCGGUACCGGCGGUACCUGCGGGACAUAAAGCACAGCUGGGACUUGAGAGCAGCAUUGGGCUGUGGGCCAGUGAUGCCGGACACAUUUACGCUGAUAAAGAACCGGACAGAGCCACGGCUGGGGCAGCUAGAGCGCCCACUGGCCACGGAGGGGAGCGCCCGCCCCGCCUGGGUCAUAGGAAUCUUGGCCAGCGUGUUGAUCUUCACCACGGUGGUGGAUGUGCUGGGGAAUCUGCUGGUGAUCAUCUCGGUGUUCAGGAACCGCAAGCUAAGGAACUCGGGUAAUGUGUUUGUGGUGAGUCUGGCAUUUGCUGACCUCGUAGUAGCCUUCUACCCCUACCCCUUGGUUCUCUAUGCUCUCUUCCAUGACGGAUGGGCACUGGGAAACACACAAUGCAUGGUCAGCGGUUUCCUUAUGGGGCUAAGUGUCAUCGGUUCCAUUUUCAACAUCACUGGGAUUGCAGUGAACAGAUACUGCUACAUCUGUCACUCAUUCUCCUACAGUCGGCUGUACAGCUAUCGCAACACUCUGCUGUUUGUUGCCUUAAUUUGGGUGCUCACAAUAGUGGCCAUUAUCCCCAAUUUCUUCGUUGGUUCCCUGCGCUACGACCCGCGUGUCUACUCCUGCACCUUUGCCCAGAAUGUAAGCAGUUCCUACACAGUGGCAGUAGUGGUGAUUCACUUCUUGGUUCCCAUUGCAGUGGUUACCUUCUGUUAUCUACGCAUCUGGGUACUUGUGAUUCAGGUGCGACGUAAAGUGAAAACAGAGGAGAGCCCUCGCCUCAGACCAAGUGACUUGCGGAAUUUCAUCACCAUGUUUGUGGUCUUUGUGCUAUUUGCGAUCUGCUGGGCUCCACUUAACCUGAUUGGUUUGGCGGUGGCCAUAGAUCCUUCCCGUGUGGCUCCUCGUAUCCCAGAGUGGCUUUUUGUGGUCAGCUACUUCAUGGCCUACUUCAACAGCUGUCUGAAUGCCAUCAUCUAUGGCUUACUCAACAGGAAUUUCAGGAAUGAGUACAAACGCAUUGUCACCUCCGUGUGGGUGACUCGGCUUUUUGUGACAGAGACUUCGCGAGCUGCCACGGAUGGCAGGAGCAUGAGAAGCAAGCAAUCGCCGCCUCCGCCGCUCAACAACAACGAGUCAGUCAGAGAUCGCACAAACAAAGAAUGAACUCUGGAUCCUUGAGCCUGUGAAAUGGUAAUUCCUGUUUUUAUGUGACAUUCAGAUGGUUGUGCAGCUAAAGACUAUCAAGUAACAGAUGAAACUGUAAUGCAUGGCUUGGUUUUCUAUUGGCUGACAUCAAUCAGAACAGGGUGCAGGUGAACAUGUUUACAUCUAUGGAUGUGUUCUUUUUUAUCAUUUUGGGUAAAGUUGUGAAUAAUUAUGUAAUUAAUAUAUAGCAAUUAGUUCUUGAAAGUUUAUCGUUUGAAGGAUUAACUCAACAACUUUGCUAAAGUGCUAAAUAAGGAAGAGUUUCCUCUGUGAUUCUCAAACAUUAAGCAUUAGCGGAGCAAAAAUUUUAGAGAUGUUGUUACGUCCUGGGAGAACGGAGCUAUGCAUUGCAGUUUCAUUUGGUUCUUACUUAAAAACAAUCUGAAUGGUACAUGAAUAUUUCAGAAAAAAAUGUAAUAUCCUUUAAUGUCUGCUGCUGUAGACUCUUAGACAUAUUUCACAAAACUGGCUAACCACUGGUAAACACCUCUCUUUAGUAACUUCAAAAGCCUCAAAUAGUACAACUCGCCUCAAAUGAAUACUAGAUUAGUAAAGGAGAUCAUGUCAGUCAGUCUAUAAUGUAUAACAUCAGUCUGAUGGGGUUUGACAUGGUGACAGUAAUGUGGUCAGAACUGCACACUAUACCUAAAUGUGGCAGUAGCAUAUACUUCAAGCUGCCUGGUCUGACCCUCUUGCACUGCAAAGAAGAAACAAAAACUUAGUAAUAUACAUAAUAAAUGAAUUCAGGAAAUUAAGUCACUGAUGGAUGACACAAAGCAAAUCAUGAUUAAAACUGGCACUAAACCAAACCAAGACGUGCCAGUUAACAUUGCUGUUUUAGUUUUUGAAAGUCCCAAAACAAAUGGUGCAUGUGAUGUAACAGGUGGAGGGCACCAACGUGUCUACUAUUGCUGCUGUAUCCAUUGUUCUGCAUAUCACCUCAACUGCUGCGGUUUGACCAUUAUGUAACUUUAUUGCAAUACCAAUUUACAAGAUCACUACUAUGUCACUGUAGGCUGCAUGUAAAGGAACCUCUGAUCUUGUCUUUUAAAUUAAAAAAAUAUUUUCCUACAAUGAGCAAACACAAUGUGAGAAAAAAUAACCAGCCUAUUUGCUGGAAGGCUAAACGUUGAUUUGAUAUUGCACCAAUGAAUUUAUUCUUCAAAACUCUGUAGUCUCUCUCUCUCCCCCCCCCAUUAAUUUUGCAUUAAUUUUACAUUCAACAGUUUAAUGUAAAAAAUCAUAAUAUCAUAGUCAAUUGAAUAAUGUUGUCUCGUGGUUCAAACAUGUAAAUAUAGCAUAUGUAGCUUUUAUGGUUACAUUUUCAAAAAACACAAUAUAUAAAAUACAAUCUAUAAACAAUAUAUGAAAAUAUAUUUCAACAAUAACAGUUUGUAACCAAAACUAUACAACUGUGGAGACAGGGCUACCCAGACAAGGAGGCAAAAUCAAUUUCAUCAUCACAAUUUGAAUUAGAGAACGGCAGUGGUGGAAAGUACAUUUUGAGGUACUUGUACUUUACUUGAGUAUUUAAAUGUUCUGCUACUAAUUCACAAGCUACUCAGCAGUAUAUAAAGUAGUUAAAAUUACAUUACCAGCUGCAACAUUCACGUUAUGUAUAUGCAUCAGUAAUCCAAUAAUAUAAUAUACAAUAUUCUGAAAUGGGCCAUUCUGCAUAAUGAGUACUUUUACUUUUGGUACUUUAAGUAUAUUUUGAUGUGUAUACUUUUGUAUUUUUACUUAAGUAAAAGAUCUGAGUACUUCUUUUACAACUGGAGAACAAUUACAGUGCAGAACAGUAUGACAGUCAGACUUCACACGGGCAGAGCCCCACUCCAUACACUGAUGUCAACAUAUUUACAAAAUCGCAACGUAAUAAGUUGUUCAAUUUCACCAAAUAGCCAAGUGCAACGGCAUAAAUGAUUCUUUAUGCACACUAACACUUUGCUAUGCAAUUCAAAACAUAGUGGUUGGUCACGAUCCAAGACAUCCAACAUCAGUUGCAUCUCAACAUCAUAUCCAGUUAAAACUGAUUUACUGUAAUGAUAAAGGACAAAAGGACUACCAUACACAACAAGUGCAGGAUGUUCUCCUGCUUUCUAUGUCAGAAAACCUCCAGCCUCUAGAAAAAGGAAAUGGAUAAAUACAUUUACUGAAUGUGCAGCAAGCAAUAUAGAAUGAGCACAGGUUCCUCUGCCUCCUACAUCAUAUGCAGUGUGUGGUAGUCUUAUGCAGUGGCGAUUCUUAUUCUUCAUUUUUAAAAUACUUAUGCAAAAUUUUAGCUUUUCAUUUCAUAGUUACUUUAUUUUCUAAUAAAAAAAAGUGUUAGGAGUUGUACUGUCACUUUGUGUCAUGUUUAAUUUGACAGAAGAGUGACAUUCAUUGCCUCUUAACUGAAAAGUGCUUCAAAAGAUGUAGAUUGUUGAGAAGGUACAGCUCAUAUCUGUAUUCCCAUCUCAGGGUGCCUACCAAACAUUUUGUUGUGUUACACAGUUGUCUGAAACAUUUGCAGUUUAUUAGCUGCCAUAUAAGGGAGUCUGAAGACAUUUCAAAGGGAUAUUUUGUAAAUUAGUGUCAGUGUGUGGUUUUUAAAUGUGGUAUAUUGUUAUUGGAGAUGUAUUCAAACUGUGUUUUUUUAUAUAUCUGAAGCUCAAUAACCCCACGCAAUUAACAGUUUAUUAUCGGAUAAUGCUUAAUCUCUCUUUCCAUUCCAUUUCCAUCUUUCCAUUAACUCUACUACAGUUGCAAAGUCUAAAACUAACCUCUUGUUUACAUGGCAUGUACAUUGUAUCAUUACAAAUACAUUUGUUUUUCAGUGUGGAAAUUGCACAAAUCAAAUAUAUAAGAAUGGCAAAACAAGUUCCUCAUAAUAAUUGGUCAUAAUAAUGGUUUGGGUUUUUUUUUUCUGAUUUAAAUUCAUAUUGUGGCACAUUUGUGUUCGUAUACAGGGUUAAAAUGUGCAAAGCCAUAGAUCAAAAAUGGUAACAAAUGCAAAGCUCAAAGUCGCACUAUAAAUAUUUAUAGGACAGGUCAGAUGCAAGAGCAUUGCAAGCAGAGGAGGGAAAUUUGGAAGCAAACAAUGAUAUUUGUGGUGCAGAGUGCAGGGUAGAAACCUGGGUAUAUUGUUGAAGAGAUCAGAUUUAGAUAAAUAUAGGGAGUGACUAUGCUGUCCUGACAACAGAGGUGAGAAGGUUAUUCCACCAUUGGGGAAGCAGGAGUGCUGUCCAGGUCGCUGCAGGGAAGGAAGAGCUGAACAGCAACAAAAACUAAAAAAGAGUGAUGUUUACUAUGGGCCAGAGAAAACUAAAGCUCAAACAUCUGGAGAGCAUUUUAGAUGCACUGAGAGGAAAGCAGAGACUUCUAUUUAAACCAAAGAAAUGGGCACAGUGGAAGGGGGUUAGGUAUACAUAUACUUUGUCAAGGUAUUGCUAGGGGAAUAAAUCACCUUGGGUCCUUUUUUUUCAUUCAAAAGUACUGCCUUACAGUUAAUACAAUAGUGUCAAAUUUUAAAUAUUAUGGCAAGUGGCAUAUUUUCUAUUAAAAACUAAUCCAUUCAGCAAACCUAGUUUGCCUCCAUACUGCUUCUUUUUUAUGUAUUCAGGACAGUCGUCUAUAGAAAGUUUCUCUGCAGCGUUGUGCAGACGUUCACAUGCAGGCCUCAGACAGGAGACUCAAUUGCCGAAACAGAAGAACAAAUAUUGUCCUUUUCUCCUUUGUGUUUUCUUUCUAUAUACCCCACAGCAAAAUUAUGUAACUGUGUUCAUUUAUGUUCCUUAUGCUCACUGCCUGUACCCUUACUUUGCGCCUUUUUCUCCAUGCAACCAAAUAUGACACCUCGCUUGCCAGCUUGAAAUGCUGUUUACUGUCACAUGCAGCACAACCUCACAGCUUUAGUUUUUAAAACUAACCACUCUGGUGUAAUUUCUCACUGGGCUUUAACACUGUCCAGUAUGGUAAUUAUUUGGUUCUCCAAAUCCUACAAUGAAUCUUGUUUUCAAAAUUGGAAAGCUGGCAGUAUUAAAAUGCUUUUCCACAAAACACUAUCUAUUGUUUCACUGACAGAAAAAUAAAAAAUGAUUUUAUUUUCUAGCACAUAAAUACAUGCCUGACUAUGCAGUGAGCUUCCCAUUUUCAAAAAGGAAAUUCACCCUGGUGUUUGAUUGCCAUGCUGGUGUGUGUUUACACCAGGUGAGAUGCUGCAGCAGUGUUAAGUUAGCUUCUCACAACAGAAGCUACAGGUGUACUGGUGCUAUGUGUGAUUAUAGAGGUGAAACAACAUUUUAAGUUCUGAGUCAAAAAACUGUGAACCUGUUUAUUUUAAGUGUGAAUUGAACAAGCAACUUAUAUAUUAAUGUUGUAAAUACAAUCCUGCCUUCAAAAUAAACACACAAGAAAGUAAGCAGUGAAGGAUAUCACAAUGUUUUUCAUUGGAAGAGGAAAGCUAAGGUUUCUAUGUGUUACAAAUCCUUUUGAGUGCUGUACUCAAUGUGGCAACACAUUCAAAUUUCUGCAUUAUGCUGUUGGAAUCCCUCUCGCACCCUCCCCAACGUCCGUUUACAAUAUUCAUGCAGGGUCGACAUUUCCCUAAAAGAGACAUCCCCUGAUAUUUCUUAGUUUCUGACUUUUUGUUUCUACCAUGUGAUCUCUGUUUUGGACAAAACGUAGCAUGAAUGAAGCAGCCACUUUGCAUUUGAAAAGGUUUGUAUUCAAUAGCUACUAUAAACACAGUUGCUUCAUUUGGCUUAUUUUAACGUAUGCAGAUUGUAAUUACUGUAAUUAGAUCACAAGAUAUUCCCAAAUCAUAGAAACUUGAUGAAGUCAGAAUUUAAUACAAUUUUAAGUGAAUUAGGGCGGCAUUAAGACACUACGAUGAAACAAGGUCACAUACAGUAAUAUGCUAAUUUAGACUGUUGCUCAUCAAGGCUAUAGUAUGAUUUGAAAUACAACAGAGCUUCUUGAUCAGUGUUUCUGUCUGCUAUGCAGAAACCUGGCAACCUAAGCAGGUAUAAGAGAUCAUUUAAAUAUUCUCCUCUGCACACCUGCCAACUGGCACAACUCAGACUAGAAAACUCUUGCCUCAUAUAGUUUAGGCUGAGGGAUGUAGGCACAUGAUUUCCAUGUGGCAACUCUGAAGCCUCACUGUUCCCUUUAUUUUCAUCUGGUCAUACUCACUAUACAGUGUGCAGUUAAUAGAUUAUGUAACAACAUGACAGCAUCAGUUCACAGCUAAAGACAGAAAAGGAAUGCAACACUGAUCAGAUUAUGCGCAAGCUUCCUUCACUGAGGUGAAAAUGAAAAGCCUUGGGAACAUAAUUGAAUGCACUUACAGUGUACUGUCAUAGGAAAUGCGUUAACAAUGUUAGUGAGUUUCAGGCAGUCGAUUUCUUGUGUCUUGAUAAAUGUCGUCUAUUCCAGAAACUGUGUGAAUGUGCAUGCUUGUCUGUUGUUAUGUAUGACUGAUGAUCAUUGACAAGAAUUAACUAACAGGUGCAGGCAGCGAUGCCCAGAGGAUGAUCUGAGUAACAUGAACCAAAGGGAAAUCUGUGGAAUGUAAUGGAAUUUGAAAUUUUAACACUCAAACAGCUUGGUUGUGAUACCGAGUCUCAUCAAAAUGAACUGUGUGUAAAAAGAUAUGCAUUAUGUGUACAGUUCUACUGAAACACGAUGUUAUGGAAAAUAAAAUGGAUAUAUCAUA